AUGAAGUUCUUCCUCGAAAAGAAGAAGAAGAAGGAAGAUGAAGGAGAUGCUUCCAGUCUCGAGACUGAUAUUCCAAAGACCGACCGAGACCUCAAGCCCCUCUUAACCGUUCUUGGAUCCUGUCUGGUUUAUUUCUCUGCAUUUGGAAUCAUCAAUAGCUUUGGUUUCUUCCAAGAAUACUAUCAAAGCACAGGCUUGACCGAUACGCCUGCUUCUACAAUCUCUUUUAUUGGAACUCUUCAAAUCACGUUGAUGAACGUGCUGGCUGCUCCUGCUGGAUCUCUAUUCGACUGUUAUGGCCUAAAGAACUUGUACAUACUUUCUGGCUUAGGCUGUGCUGGCGGUCUCUUAGCUUUGUCUUUCAGUGAAACAGACGAACUAUACCAGCUUUUUCUUAUUCAGGGUGUGCUCCUGGGUGUCGCGAUCGCAUUAGGCGCUCAACCCGCCCUUGUGGUUGCCGGGCAACAUUUCCAACGUCGUCGUGCUCUAGUUAUGGGUAUUGUAGCAGCAUCAGGGAGCGUUGGAGGCGUAUGCUUCCCGAUCAUAUUCGCUCGCUUGAUGCCUCAAGUAGGUUUUGCGUGGACACUGAGAGUCGUAGCUACAGUCGUGGCAGUAUCCUAUGCUAUAGCUCUCAGUAUAUCAUGGACUAAACUUCCUCCGAAGCCGCUCAGAGGAGCUGGCCAACUAUUUGACUUCAAAGGCUUCCUCGAUAAGAGAUAUUCCGUCCUUGCUGUGGGAGCUUUCGUGGCCAUGCUCGGCCAGUAUGUGCCAUACUACUAUAUCACCUCCUAUUGUUCCACAUCGAAUCCCAAUUCAUCCGCCAAGGACUACCUUCUACCCCUGAUGAAUGCUGCUAGUAUACUCGGGCGAAUCCUCGGAGGCCUAGCAGCAGAUGAAACUGGGCCCACCAACAUUACCUAUCCGAUGACAAUCUUGUCUGGAAUUCAGUGCCUCGGCAUGUGGCUCGUCACAAGCGACGUAGGAGUCCUUGUGGUCUUCGUUAUACUGUAUGGUUUCUGUUCAGGGGUAUUUAUCGCCGUUCUCCCCGUCAUUGCCGCACAACUUUCCCCAGCAGACAAACUUGGGGGACGAAUCGGUGCACUAUAUACUGUUUUGGCUGCUGCUCAGUUGGUAGGCUCGCCUAUUGGUGGGUCGUUGAUACAAUCGUCUACAGAUUUUGCCUUUGGAUACAUGGGCCUUAUCGUCUUCGGGGGUGUGACGCUCUUCGUCGGAGGCAUUGUCGUCUUUAUCUCGAGAAUCUUGCAACACAAAGACCUUAGCUUGCGCCUAUGA